UCAAACUUUUCUUGUUUUCCAGCUGUAUCUGUAGAUUUAGAUUGAUGUCGAUUUUACGAGAUUCUUAUCUUUAGUUUGGAUCUAUUGCUGCUGCAUUCAUAUGGCCGAUCCUACUAUGCAACCGGUCGACAACCUUCGCCGAAACAACCAAAAAGAUUUGCCGAAAAUACCGAACUAUCAGCCGGAUCUUAAUCAAAGGAAUAGAGGCCUUUCAAACAGCUCAGAAAACUGGGACCAAUCAGCCAGUUAUCGUCAAAACCUCGGUCAAAGCAGUGCUAGUUCUCCGUCGUUGUUACGAUUUCGAAACGACCAAAAUUACCGAAACGACCACAAUUUAAACACUCCAACACCACCAGGCCGAAUGCCGUGGGAGAACGACACGACCCGAGGUUUAGCAACGCACCAUCGUCGUGCAGAUGCUGUGGAUAUGAGCGUAUCUCGGAGACAGAACGAACAACGUCAAGAAUCAAUCUCCAGGUCGCUACCAUCAUCUGUGCAUCCAUCUAAACCACACUCUUACCGUCACCCGCAAAACGGGGAGCCUCCGCUGUUGUCUACGGUCAAAAUGAAAGGAUACAAAGACGAUAGAACGCCUGACUCAAACGCACUCCUGGAGGCCGUAAAAACAAGAAAUAAUCUCGAAAUCAAACAACUUCUUGAGAAGGGUUUGGAUGUAAACUCCACUGAGACUGGCUACACAGCAAUGCAUCUGGCCUGCAAACUGGGAUACAUGGACACCAUUGAAUACUUGCUUAUGUGUGGAGCAGAUAUUACGAUCAGAGACCAACAUGGUCAUCCUGCCGGUUAUUAUUCCAAGCCAAAGGGAAUUCCUUUAGAAGAAAUGAAAGCAAAAAUCCAGCCCAAAAAGCGAAGCAAGCCGAAUCAGACACUUUCAAUGGAAUGGAUGAACAAUGUAAAAUCAAUUCACGGAGACCACAGUCUAGCUGGAACAUCUUUAUCAGACGUUCAUGGUUUUUCAAACCUCCCUCUCGGGUUAAACAGCGGCCAAACAUUUCAUUCAUCAGACCACCUUAGCACUGGAAAGCUAUAUGAGCCGCAUACUUCAUCAGCUUAUCACAUGCCAUUGAUGAAGCAUUCAACGUCACAUACUGAUUUAAAUUCAGUGUCUGCACAUAAAAGUUCAUAUGACAAUUUUCCAAGCCCAUUUGACUAUCUUCCCCGGACACCACAAAGCAGUUCUAGCUUAGAAUUGCUUCGAGAUUACCAGAAAUCUAGCGCACUAGAGCCUUCCCCACACUCAAAUUCACUUCAUUUAAAUGGAACCAAGUACCCACAAAGACAUGAAAGAGCUAAACUACACUCUCCAGCAAACUUUCAAACCCAGAGAGAGCAUUCUCCAAUGCCAUCAAGACCAAGUCCAUUCAAAGGGCAUAUGGGUCAUCCAAAAUAUGAAUUCUCAAACAGAAGUUUGGACUAUAAGCGACAAGCAACUGAAUCAACAUCUCCAUUCUUGGUAAAUGAGUUCUCAAAGUCAUCUUCAAGGAUCCCACCCUCUACAAACACUCUUUCAUCCUCGUAUGCAUUAUCUGCACAAAUCAAUUCACCGUUCAGAACAAGCUUUUACAAACUAAACAAUGUUCAACCAGACACCAGAAUUCCAGACACGGCAAUGGCAAACCAUUUAAAACUAGGCACACCAUUCUCCUACUACCCUAACAUGUACCCAAACCGUGAAAUCCCCUACCCUAUGUUUUACCCCCCAUUAAUGCCACCUGGGUUGGUACCUGGUAUGUCAGGAUACCCUAACCCAACUGAAAUCCUACCCCACCGUGCUGACCAUGGCUCCUUAGUGCAACCAUCACAUUAUAAGCCAGAUCUCCACCAUAUACCAAUGCCACAGCAACCAGCAAUUCACCAAGUGGAAAAAAUUCCACCACACACGAUUACACCAUCAUCAAGUCACGAUAGUGGGUCAUCUUAUAAAAAUGGGUGGAAACCCCAGGAUUCUGUUCACAAUGAUGCAAGGAAGAGAUCAGAGCAACCUCUCCUGAAGCAACAACAUCCUGUUGAUCACGAGGAUCGUCGGUGCUCCGAGCAUAUUCCUCCAAAUAACUAUGUAAAGGAAAAUCAUAAAGUUACUGAACAUGUAAAUGGGCAAAAGCGGACGACAGCAGACACAGACAUGCGCCCUUAUAUGCAUUCAGUUCAUCCCAGUAACAAACAUACAAAUAACCAUCCACAACCAAGAACCAAUGAAAAUGCACAUAGUCUUCAAAAUGAUUCUGCCAUUAAACCUACAACUGAGAUUUCCACCCCUGACCAUAUACAGCAGAACAGCAAUGAUGAACUAAAAAAAAGACUUCAGUCACCAAUUUCAGAGCCAGUUAAUAGAGAAGAGAAUAACGCGAUGUCACCAAAUAAAGAGGAGAAAAAAGAAAAUGAGGAGAAGAACCGAAAAAGGAAACUGGAUCUAGUUACAAGCUUAAGCACUUUCACAAGUGGCCGUUCAAACAGCAGCGAAACAAACCAAGCUCAAGGUAAUCUAUCAAGGAACGCUUCUACUGAACCAGGGACACCACGGAGGGAAAAACGACCAAGGAAAUCUGAAACUGAGGAUGACUAUUUUUAUGAAUGGCCAUAUGAAGAUUUCUCGAGCUCAGAGCCUGAAAAUGAUGAUUCUGGUGAUGAAGACUUCUUUUGUGCUUCCAAGAAAAAACUGUUGAUCAAGAAGAGCAAGGAUGUUGGUCUUGCAUCCUCACGUCCGAUGCGGCAAUCCUCUCUUAGAGCUGCAUCACUUCUAAAUGAGCAUCGUGAGGGAUCAGCCUCGGAUGGCGACACGUUCCCAAGUCGUCGCUUGAAAAAGAAUUCUGAAAAUGAGAGAAUGGACAAGAAACUGCGAGAGAAAAAGGCAAAAUCUCGGAAAAUAUCAAGCGAGUCCAUGUCUAGUGAGAAUUGUAAUGAUGACUUGAAUGAAACUUUGUCUCCGAAGAAAGUGGAGAGCUCUGCGUCCUCUGGAAGGAGCAAGGAAACAAAACUGAAGAGGAAGUUAAAAAAAUUAAGAAGGAGUAAACAUGAGUUAAAUAAAUCCCAAAGUGAUGACUCCCCGGUAAAAAAGAAAAGAAAAAAGAAGAAUUUAACAAAGUCCGACAGCAGUGAAAGCCAGUCCAAGAAGGUAAAGAAAGAGAAAAACAUUGAAAAAUUAAACACAAGCAAUCAAGAUGGAAAAAAAAUAAAAUCACCGAAAAAAUUGCGGCCACAGCUUGAAGCUGAUGUUAAAAGUAAAAAGUCACUUCAUAAAGAAAUUGUCUGCAAGACUAAAAGUGGUGAAAGUAAAAGUAAAAGCCAAUCUGGAAUCUCUAAAUCUCUUAUUGAGUUGUACACAGGACCUGCAAAGCCAUGUAAUGAGUUAGAAUCCCCGGUUCAAAAUAGAGAAUGUUCAAAGCAGGGAAAUGAUCUGUUUGGUACGGAGUUCACAGAAUCUGAGGCUGCAGCUUUUAAUCAGGCAUUUGAAGCUGCUAAAAAAGAACUGGAGAUAAAAGAAGGUGCUGGUACAACAUUGCCACUGCACAGUAACUUGCAAAAUGAGACUCCUAUUGUUACCAGUCCAGUAGUACAGGCCCAAAGUCAACAAGUUCAAAGUGAGCCACUACAACAAGAAGUUAAACAGCGUAAGAAGCCUGGAAGAAAACCAAAACAUUCAAAAGAUAAUUCAGCGUUGUCGCCAACGAAAAGCAGCAAAAAACAUGAACUUAAAACUGAAACCCCAAAGACGCAUUUAAAACCUAAAACUGAAAACAAAAGCUCUCUAUUGCCAAAAUCAGGAGCAAGAAAAGGUCGUCCACCUGGAAGUUCCUCAAUUCAUAAGUUAAGAGAAAAACAAAAGGCUGCUAUCAGGGAAGCCCAACAGAGUAAGCAAGAAUGUAGCCAACCCAUACGCCCCAACACCAGUGUAGAAACCACACCGGCAAAGAAUGAAUCAUUAACAUCCACACCAAAAGUCAAAGAACAGCCGAGUCAUGAGGCACCGAGCACUUCUGGUUUCACUACUCCCUCUAGUGUUAGAAAACCUCCCUUGUUUUUAAAGUCGUCUCGACCGUCAACACCGAUAAACGCAAAAGAGCGAAAGUUAGCUUUCCAAUCACCACUGCCGCCAAAUCUUAAGAAAUUGACUUGUAACUCUGCUAUUGGUGAGACUGUGUUACAUAAAGCAGCCAGACAUGGCUAUAUGGAAAACAUGAAACAUUAUUUAGAAAGUGGGUUCUCAGUAAAUGCAAAGGACAAUGCUGGGUAUACAGCUUUACAUGAAGCUUGUGUACAAGGAAGGCUUGAAGCUGCAAAACUUCUUCUUCAGUUUGGAGCUGAUGUGAAUCUUAAUUCCCUAGAUGGAACAAGACCAAUCCAUGAUGCGGUUGAAUACGAUCACAUCGAGAUGACUCGGCUUAUGAUGUCAUGCGGUGCCGAUCCAUUACUCAGCAAAUUUUCGGGGCGAUCCAUCAAAAACAUGAUUCGUAGCACUCAGAUGGGAAACUUUAUAAAUGCUUACUUGAAAGAAUUACAACCAGUAUGUGAGGAGCUGAUGGAAGAUUCCGACAUGAAAUGGAAAAUUCCGUUCUCAUCAGUUCUUGAGUCCAAACAAGAUCAAGGUUAUGAUCUGAUGGGCAACCCACCUGCAGAAGACACACAAGCUCAUUGUAUGGAGUUUGAAUUAUUUGAUGAACAACCUAUUGAUACAUACCUAGUGCAACCUUCAGAUACAACAGAUCGAUCAAACUAUUAUCUCUUGAACGACAUUCUUCAAGUAAAAGGUUGUAGCAAAGCUGAUUUCUUACUGGAGCAUUGUUGUAACAUUCGAACCAUGCCAACUAAUAAGUUCUGUUCCGAAGCUGAUUUAAACAAGUUUGGAAAAAGAAAUCGAAAUUUCAAUGAAACGAACUCGUUAAUUGAACUUGUCGCUGCUGAUAAACCACUAACGAGGCACGUUGGUCUUCGGGUUCAUCCAACUGGCGAGGUGGAAGAAAUCCCACAAUUUAAGAAACAAAAAUCUUCUCGUUUACCUCCCCCUGUUGCUAAUGACAACGUCGUUAAAUUUCUCCCGAAAACGACCGAUACUCCAACCUGUUCAGAGACCCCUGACCAAACCAGGUCAAACUCAAAUUUGCUGGAAAAUCUAAGUGAUUCGGUGAUAGAUGACCAUAGAGAAGAAUCCCUUGCUUGUCUGCAGAAACUAACAGCAUCUUUCUGUAUGACCGGCCACAUAGGAAAGGAAUACAAAGACUUUGGAAAGGUAAAUGGGAUCCACACCCCAGGAACACAAACCCCAGUUAAAAAGCCCAGACCUCCCGCCAUGGAAGUUAAUCUACCAAAGACUUCAACUCCUAAUAUUGAGAAAAAUCAUAAACAGAAUUCGGACCACAUUCCAAUGGAAUGUCUACCACCCUACAACCACCAUAUAGAACCCAAGCAACCACCUAAGUUACCCCCUUUAGCCCCAAUAAACACGGACAGUGGUUUACGUUCGUUACCCACCCAACAAAAUGGGGUUGAUUUCUCCCCCUUUAAUAAACUCCCCACUUUUACUGAAUCUCAAAACCCCGUUAAUACCCCUAACCUUGUCCCAGAGAUAUGACAGGGUAAUUCCCUCAACCCCACUGCCAAGUCUAACCCUAGAUCUAAUCAUGUAAGAAAUAGAAAUCUUAUAUUCCAAGUUCAAGAUAAGCAUUGAUUUUUAUAUUUUGUCUGGACAAUGAUGUGAUUUUCCAGAUCGAAACUGUUUUUGACCACUUCGUUCAAAUGUUAGUUGUGUAUUUUUUGUUGAUCACUUUUUACUUUGCACAACUAUUCAUUUUCUUUCACAUGUUGUCAUCAUAUAAUGUACGGCAUUCUGUUCUUUUGUUGCAUUUUCUUAUCCAAUUUAAAUACAAGCCACUUAAAAUGGUAAAAACUGAA